GAUCAAGGGGCAGCUCCUGAGGAUUGCUUCACAAUCAUGAACAUGGAUGGAGACCGUAUUGGUAACUGUGGUUUCAAAUCGUCCAAUUCCACCCCAGGAACCUAUGCAGCCUGUGCGGCUGGAGAUUCCCUAUGUGGUAGUUUGUUCUGCCUUCCAGUUGCUCGAAAGAUUCAACCCAGUAGUGACGUUCUGGCCGAAACCAUUCGCGUACCCGAUGUUGGCAAGUGCAAUGGUUUGUACGCGUCCCCGCCAAGAAGCCACGAUGACCCAUCGCUCGUGAAGGAUGGAACACGCUGUGAUGCCAGCGGCGCUAACAAAGACCUCGUGUGCCACAAGCAACGCUGCGUGGACAAGUCUCGAGUCACCAGCCAGUGUUCGGUCGAUGCUGACAGCGGCAAAGAGUGUGGUGAAGUCGGUGUCUGUACAAGUGCAACGACCUGCCUUUACCCACCCACACCUGAGAUCAACGAGUCGAGUACAGGAUCCGCUAACACUACCCAGGCUGCUACACCCACGACCAGUGGAAUAACCAAACCAACGAGCGACCCAGCCACAACCACUCCAACCGAAGUCGGUGAUGAACAGUGGAGUGGUUUAUAAUUGUAACUAGAUACUCAUAAACCGGAGGGAAUACUACCGACAGGACUAACCUGGUGCCCUUCCACUUACCCACCCAUCUUCCAUGGCAUCCACAAUUCGGUCCAGGAAACUCGACAGAGCGUUUCCAGGACGUGAGGAGCCUGGCUAACCAAGUGUGUUUCCAGUCCUGAUAAUUUCCUCCCAUUGUAAAUUUCAAAUCUGCAAUUUCAGAUCAGUGAAAAUCUGAGGCAGACUGAUAUCCCAUAACCCGCUACGGCUGAGUAAUUAUGUCGUAUUUUAAUUAGUAAUUAUGCAUCUAUUAUUUGCAAGAUGAUGAGGGCAAUAAUAGAUUGAUCCCGACAUAGCAUACCUUAACUGGUUUAGCUUUGUUGUUGUGUAUUGUACUAGCACAUAGUAUAUACAUAAGUCGUCUACAUUACUUCUCUAUAAACAGAUGUUUUCAGUUGUUACGUUUAAUGUGUUCCCCAAGUUCUUUGACUGAGAAUCUGGCAGUUUGCGUUCAAGUCGUUUGGCUUCAGAUUUUUCUUCUUUCAUUUCUAACUCUUGUUUCAAGUUGAGGAAAAAGUUCUAAAUCCUUGGA